CCAGCUCAGCUGUAUGCCUACGUGGACUUAGCGAGCUAGUUGGAACUGUGAUGUUAGCUAGCGUUAGCUCGCUAGCUACUUAAGCGUGCAGUUCGUUUUGUAGCUUUUUAAAAAUUUGCCCUGGUUGGUGUGAAGCAAAACGUCACGACCACAGUGCAAAAGCUGGCAGGCUGACGGGAAUUUGCAUCUUUACAGGACGGAUUAUCUGGUAACUGACCAUUUAGCUGUGACACACUCGGACUCUGUGUUAACGUGGGAUUUUGACCAUGAGCUCAGUCGCUGUACUUACGCAGGAAAGCUUCAAUGAGCACCGCAGUGGGCUUCUGCCUGAGCAGAGUGGUGCUAUGGCAGGAACUAGUGCUGGAGAAGAUGACCCUCCUACCUACAAGGAUGCCUUCCCACCUCUGCCUGAGAAGGCAGCCUCUCCUGAGGGGACUCAGGAAAUGGCUAACGCAUGGACCAACAAGAUUCGCCCUCUUAAGUCCUCUGUUAUCACCCAGGUUUUCCAUGUGCCAUUGGAGGAGCGCAAGUACAAGGACAUCAACCAGUUUGGGGAAGGAGACCAGGCAAAGGUCUGUGUGGACAUCAUGCAUAAGACCGGAGCCCACCUGGAACUCUCCUUGGCAAAAGAUCAGGGCCUGUCGAUCAUGGUUUCAGGAAAGCUGGAUGCCGUGAUGAAGGCUCGUAAGGAGAUUGUGUCCCGACUGCAGACUCAGGCCUCAUCUACUGUCGCCAUCCCCAAGGAGCACCAUCGUUUCGUCAUUGGCAAAAAUGGGGAGAAGCUUCAGGAGCUUGAACUCAAGACUGCCACCAAAAUCCAGAUCCCACGACCUGAUGACCCCAGCAACCAGAUCAAAAUCUCUGGAACCAAAGAAGGCCUGGAGAAAGCGAAGCAUGAGAUCCUGUUGAUUUCUGCUGAGCAGGACAAACGUGCAGUGGAGAGAGUGAACAUCGACAAGGUGUACCACCCAUUUAUCACUGGUGCCUACAAUAAAUUGGUGAGUGAGAUCAUGCAGGAGACCAGUGCCCGCAUCAAUGUCCCCCCUCCAAGUGUCAACAAGACGGAGAUUGUCAUCACUGGCGAAAAAGAGCAGGUGGCCCUUGCUGUGGCUAUGAUCAAGAAGAUUUAUGAAGACAAGAAGAAGAAUGCCACCACUAUUGCAGUGGAGGUCAAGAAGUCUCAGCAUAAAUACGUGAUCGGCCCAAAGGGAAACACCUUGCAGGAGAUCCUGGAUAAAACUGGUGUCUCGGUUGAAAUCCCACCGUCUGACAGCAGCUCAGAAACUGUCAUCCUUCGUGGGGAGCCUGACCGCCUUGGUCAGGCUCUCACUGAAGUGUAUGCCAAGGCAAACAGCUACACCGUUUCCUCAGUCUCAGCUCCUUCUUGGCUUCAUCGUUUCAUUAUUGGCAAGAAGGGGCAGAACUUGGCCAAGAUCACCCAACAGAUGCCCAAGGUGCACAUUGAGUUCACUGAGGGAGAAGAUAAGAUCACCCUGGAGGGUCCCACCAAAGAUGUGCAGAUGGUUCAUAGCCAGAUUGAAGCAAUCGUUACAGACUUGGUAAGCCGUAUGGAUUAUGCUGAAAUCACUGUGGAUACCAAAUUUCAUCGGCACCUAAUUGGAAAGGGAGGCGUUAACAUCAACCGCAUUAAAGAGCUGCACAAGGUGACUGUACGCAUCCCCCCUGAUAAUGAGAAAAGCAACCUGAUCCGCAUUGAGGGGGAUCCCCAGGGUGUACAAGAAGCCAAAAAGGAGCUGCUUGAGCUUGCGUCACGCAUGGAGAAUGAGCGUACAAAGGACCUGAUCAUUGAACAGCGUUUUCACCGAGCCAUCAUUGGCCAAAAAGGAGAGAAAAUAAAAGAAGUGCGGGAUAAAUUUCCAGAGGUUAUCAUCAAUUUCCCUGACCCAGCACAAAAAAGUGACAUCGUUCAACUUAGGGGCCCACGAACUGAAGUGGAGAAAUGUUCCAAGUUUAUGCAGAAGAUAGUGGCUGAAAUGGUGGAGAACAGCUUUUCUGUCUCAGUCCCCAUCUUCAAACAAUUCCACAGAAACAUAAUUGGAAAAGGAGGCGCAAACAUCAAAAAGAUUCGGGAAGAGACAAACACAAAAAUUGACCUACCUGCUGAGAAUAGCAACUCUGAGAUGAUUGUCAUCACUGGGAAGAAAGCAAAUUGUGAAGCUGCGCGGAAUCGCAUCCUGGCUAUUCAGAAAGAGCUGGCAAACAUCACAGAAAUAGAGGUCUCCAUUCCCUCCAAGUUGCACAACUCCUUAAUUGGGUCAAAGGGCCGUUUGGUGCGCUCGAUCAUGGAGGAGUGUGGUGGUGUUCACAUCCACUUCCCCAGUGAGGGCUCAGGGAUUGAUAAGGUCACAAUCAGAGGCCCCGUGGAGGAGGUGGAGAAAGCCAAGCAACAACUGCUCGGCUUGGCAGAGGAGAAGCAAACAAAGAGUCACACUGCCGAGCUGCGUGCCAAGCCAGAAUACCACAAGUUCCUUAUUGGGAAAGGUGGUGGAAACAUCAAGAAGGUUCGUGACAGCACCGGAGCCAGGAUCAUCUUUCCCACGGCAGAGGAUAAAGACCAGGAGCUUAUUACUGUGGUUGGAACUGAAGAAGCCGUGAGGGAUGCCCAGAAGGAACUGGAAGAACUCAUCAAAAGUUUGGACAAUGUUGUUGAGGAUACAAUGAAUGUUGAUCCAAAGCACCACCGCUACUUUGUGGCUCGCCGUGGACAAGUCCUUAGAGACCUGGCUGAUGAGUACGGUGGCGUGAUGGUGAGCUUCCCGCGCACCGCUUCCCAAAGCGACAAGAUCACCCUCAAAGGAGCCAAAGAAUGUGUGGAGGCAGCCAAAAAGCGCAUGCAGGAGAUUGUUGAUGAUUUGGAUGCACAAGUGACCAUGGAGUGUGUGAUUCCUCAGAAGUUCCAUCGUUCUAUCAUGGGUCCAAAGGGCUCACGUAUACAGCAGAUCACCAGAGAUCAUAAUGUUCAGAUCAAGUUUCCAGAGCGUGAGGACCCUCAAGCAACACCUCCUUCAGAGGCACCUGUUCAGGAAAAUGGAGAGACAAACGGAGAGGUGAAGGAGCCUGUUGACCCAAAUGCACCCAAAAGAUGUGACGUCAUUGUGAUCAAUGGACGCAAAGAGCGUUGCGAGGCUGCUGUUGAAGCACUGAAGGCGUUGGUUCCCGUCACCACUGAGGUGGAAGUGCCUUUUGAGCUUCAUCGAUACAUCAUUGGUCAGAAAGGAAGUGGAAUUCGCAAGAUGAUGGAUGAAUUUGAGGUUAAUAUUCAAGUGCCUGCUCCUGAUCAGCAGUCUGAUAAAAUCUCCAUCACCGGCUUGGCCAGCCACCUUGAGCGUGCCAAAGAGGGGCUCUUGGAGCGUGUCAAGGAGCUGCAGGCCGAGCAGGAGGAUCGGGCACUCAGGAGCUUCAAGCUGACCAUCACUGUGGACCCCAAGUAUCACCCCAAAAUCAUUGGCCGCAAGGGAGCCAUUAUUACAAACAUCCGCACGGAGCACGAGGUUAACAUCCAGUUCCCAGAGAAGAGUGACGAAAACCAGGAUCAGAUUACCAUUACAGGGUAUGAGCACAAAGCCAUAGCAGCACGAGAUGCCAUCCAGUCUAUUGUGGACGAACUGGAAGAGAUGAUCUCUGAGGACAUCACCCUGGACUGCAGGGUCCAUGCACGCAUCAUAGGCGCUCGCGGCAAGGGCAUCCGAAAGAUCAUGGAUGAGUUUAAGGUUGAUCUCAGGUUUCCCCAGAGUGGAGCUGCAGACCCAAAUCUUGUGACGGUCACCGGUCGCCCUGAGCUAGUGGAUGAAGCCAUUGAUCACCUCCUUAACUUGGAAGAAGAAUAUAUGGCAGAUGUUGCAGAGAAUGAAGCAAAGAUGGCUUACAUGAAGCCUUCUGGUGGUAGCGCUGCUGCCGUGGAUGAACAUCGUGGUCCAUCCAAAGGCUUUGUGGUCAGGGAGGCUCCCUGGGCCACCGGCAGUGAGAAGGCCCCUGAUAUGACCAGCUCUGAAGAUUUCCCCAGCUUUGGUGCCCCAGUAGCAACCAGGACCUCUCCCUGGGGCCCCAAGCGCUUCUAAGCCGUGCUGCUACAGAGGGGCCUGAACUUCAAUCUUCCCCAUCACCUCCCCCCGUGACCUGGACUGACCGCUGACCCUAAGUCUUUAAGUUUCGAGAGCGUCAUCCUUCUCAUGUCUACCUACCCUGGUCUGCUUUUGCAGAUUUGUCAAAGUGCUUUCAGAUACCGUAAUUGACUUGUGAGCUAUCUGCAUUAAAUAAUGUCUUGCGCAAAGAAAUGUGACAGAUGUUUCAAUUUAAGUCUCCAGUCUGUAAAAGACUGAUCUCUUUAAAUGUUUAUUAAAUUCAUGGUUGUUUCAACUGUUGCACCAAAUUCAGUGGUGACAUCACUGACAGACAUCUAUUUUUUUUUUUUUAAGCUGCCCUUAGUUGCCUUUGCAGAGUGGGAUAAAGGUACUGAAAUACUGCUGGUGACUGUAAAGACCUGAUGCCUGACCAAGGGGCCAGUUGUUUCAGUAGCCAACCCUCCCCCUUCUGCUUUACUCAUGUAGCUGAGUAAAAGUGUCAGUUGUUAGCCCUCAAGCACAAUGUAGUGGUUGUCCUGUCACAUUUCUCCAUUUGCUUGUAACCGCUUCUGUGAGUCUGGUCAAGUAGUGGCAUGUACCUUUUUUAUAGCCUUAUGAAAACUCUUACUAAAAGGAGGGGGAAGAGGUGGUUUCAGCCACUGCAGAAUGGCACCCACUAAAACUGCCAGAUGCUUGGAGAUCAUGUCGGAACUAAACUUCUUACAACACUAGGCGUAUAGCUCCAAUGUAUCAAAUGUCCCACUAUUGACAGUACUUUUAUUAAUGUUUGAAAGUGAAUCAUGCUACAGAUGAAAAUGUGUAUGUGAGCAAACCGGCGGACCAUCUUGUGCCAACUGUCUGUCCAGUAGUGUCCUGUAUUAUUCAUCCUCUGUGCUGGGUCAGUGUCCAGUCCCUUUGUCUUCCAAUUGCUAUGUCAAAUAGCAAUGGCCCUUUUUAUCAGCCUUACAACUAGAAGGACACAAAGCAGACAGGUGACCUCUAGGCGUGUUUAGAGUGGACAACUGGAAGGAAUCGUCGGCGUUCCUUGGAAAGCUUGUUGUAAUUAGUUUAAUCUUGCUCGAGGAGAGCAGAUUUAGCCUACUGGCUGCUAAUUCCACACCUAGCAUUAGCCUACCUUGGUUUGUGUCCUUCUAGCAUUGAAUGAAAGAUUAUGCAAAUACCAUUGAAGUGAACGGUUAUGGGUGACACUGGAAAAUGUCCAAAAAGUCAAUAAAAAUGGAAAAUCUUU